AUGCAGUUCUUCGCUACCAUCGUGGGCGCUGCCCUUCUCGCCACCGGCGUCUCUGCCCAACAGGCCGUCGUUAAGAACAAUUGUGCGACCUCAAUCUACGUCCAGUCGUUCCCAUACGACGGUUCGGCAGCUGGUGCCCUGACCACCGUGGCACCUGGACAGUCCUUCUCGGAAGACUUCCGCAAGUCUGGCUCGACCGUCAAGGUUGCCAAGACUAAGACCCUCACCACCCCGCUGUUCUUCGGCUACUCCUUCUCGAGCAACCCAGACUACGCAUACUACGAGCUCAGCACAGAGUGGGGCAACCCCUUCGCUGACCAGCACAACAUUCUGACCCCUGGCGACGGUUGCGAGAUCUUCGACUGCGCGCCUGGCCAGACUGCCUGCUACAGCACCCCCGCGCACAAGAUUGUUUACGGCUGCCCACAGCCUGUCAACCUGGACGCGACGAUCUGUGCUUAA